AUGUCAUAUCAAAAUAUAUCAACUUAUCUUGCCCCUAGUUGGCCCCAACUCGAUCCUAGAUUACCAAUCCGUGAUAAUAUAGUUGCAGAAAAUGAUGAGGGUUUGUCUGCAAUUCUCAAUAAUGCUUUGACUAGACAAGAGGAUAUCCCUUUUAUAGCCGUCGAUUUUGAGGGUUCAUCAGAAAAAAUAGGGAUUCAGAUUUUCUUUGAUAUACUUGUUCCUGAUAAAGAAAUCAUAGACGAGUUUAAAAUAAAAAUAGACGCAAUUCUCUCUAGUGUUAUAAAUACCUAUAAAAUAGAAUAUAUUAAGGCCUUCCCCUUACGCG